CUUAAACAUCUUUCAAAUCAAGAUAAACAUCAGCAAAACUAAUUAAUUAAACUCAGUAAUGGCUGGUUUAACAAGAAUGAACAGCUUGGUUGUGGCUGUGAUAGUGGUGGCCAUGACGGCGAGUUUCGUAACAGAAGCUCAGACCCUUCCACCGUGUGUUCAGAAGCUGAUGGGCUGCGCUGAUUCUCUCAACACGACAACCACGCCACCGGAGACUUGUUGUGCACCGUUGAAAGAAGCUUUAACUAAUGAGCUUCCUUGUCUGUGUAAACUCUACACUAACACUGAUUUGCUCAAGUCUUUUAAUAUUAAUGUUACGCAGGCUAUGGAGAUGCCUGGUCGGUGUGGCAUCAGUGUCAGUUUCGAUGUAUGCACGGCAGCAUCAGCUCCGUCUCCAGGACCUUCAAGCAGUGUCGGCAAGAUCGCGGCUACAGGAUUCUUUAGCUCAGUAAUGAUAUUGGUCUCUGCAAUGCUCUUUUGAGUAACACUUUCGCAAUCUGAGAAUUCUUCAGUUUGAGUACUCGUAGCGGAAGCAUAAGAUAUGGAUCAGCUUCGAUGUUUUCAUGUUUUUGUUGUAUUAUUUACAUGUGUCAAGUUAUUCAAGUAAUAUCAUGUUUUCCUAUCUAAUCUCAUGUAAUCUCUGUUAACCUCUUUAAUUUUCAGCACGCAUCUGUGAUUUUAGUGUUAAA